CUGCAGAAGGACGUAGCUCUGAAACCUCAGGAACGCGUGGAGAAGMGGCAGAACCCUCUGGCCAAGAAGAAACGGGAAGCACUUACCAAUGGGCUGUCGUAUCUGCCAAAAAAGAACAGGCUCCACCACCACCAGUACAGCUCAGACCGGGAAAAUGACCGCAAUCUGUGCCAGCACCUCGGGAAAAGGAAGAAGCUACCAAAGRGCCUCAGACAGCUCAAGCCGGGCCAGAACAGCUGCCGGGACAGCGACAGCGAGAGCGGCGAGUCCAAGGGCUUCCACCGGAGCAGCUCCCGCGAACGGCUCAGYGACAGCUCAGCUCCUUCCAGCUUGGGAACAGGCUACUUUGUAAGUGCACCUCCACUUCUCCACGCGUCUCUGAGCUGCUCGCUGUUCCUCGGGCAGGAGUGCCUUGGGACACGGCAAUGUCCCCCCAAAACUUCCUGCACCCUUUUUAUCUCUCCCUCCACAAAUGCACUCUAUAUCUUAUUACUAUAUCUUAUUGCUAUAUCUCAUUACUAUAUCUUAUUGUUCUAUCCCAUUGCUAUAUCCCAUCCCGUUGCUCGAGAGCUGAACGCACACGACUCGAGAGCGGUGCUCAGCCUCGUCUUUAGGCAGCAGAG